UCCACGAACGGAUCUUGGAAUGGGUUCAGUGGAUGCAAACCAGGACUUGUGCAAACCAGGACUUGUGCAAAGCCUAGGACCAGACAGCAUCGCAUGGCAGAGGAGCACAGCAGACUGGGGGCAAGCGAACAUUCGGUGAAACUUCUGUUUCAGUUCUAGAAAGAAAAAAAAAGUGGGCGUGCUGCGUGGCGCGCUCCUAGUUGGAAAGCCACCGCACCGAGGCUGAGCCGGAGCCAGGCGGGCAGAGCUGCGGCCCGCCGCGGCGCGGGGGCGCCCCUCCUGCGGCUGCCACGCUCGCCGGCCCAGACGCCCGCCCCCCAGACCACAUGCAGGUGUGCGCGCAGACUGAGCACACGUGCCUGCCGCUAUUUAAGAGCCCGCCUGCCCCGUCUGGCAGCUGUCUGUCGCUCCGCUCCGCGUGCCUGAACGCACCCCGCCGCCGGGGCUGCAGCCGGGGCAUGGGCGCCGCGGGUCCGCUCUGGGUUUUCUUGGCCGUCCUCGCGCCAGGGGUCUUCGGUGACCGAGGGAUUUUUUGUGACCCUCCUCCUCCUAUUGCGGAUGGCCGAGUCAGUUACCAUCCUGGCCCUAUACACGUGGGCACUGUUGUGAGGUACUCUUGCCCCACCACUUACCGUCUCAUUGGAGAAAAAACGCUUUUUUGCAUAACUAAAGACCAAGUGAAGGCAGUCUGGGAUAGAGAUGCUCCCGUAUGUGAAUAUUACAAUAAAAACUCGAUUUGCCCCGAGCCCAUAGUGCCUGGGGGAUACAAAGUGAAAGGGACCAAGUCACCGUACAUACAUGGUGAUCUUCUGGUAUUUGCCUGUAAAGCCAACUUCACCAUGAAAGGAAACAAAUCCGUCUGGUGUCAAGCAAACAAGACCUGGGGGCCGUCGGAACUGCCAACCUGCGAGAGUAAUUUCCCUCUAGAGUGCCCACCACCUCACCAGAUCCCCCAUGGACAUCACACAGCGGGGGAUAUUGGCGCCAUUGUCCCAGGAUUGUCUGUGACUUACAGCUGUGACCCUGGCUACUUGCUUGUUGGGGAAGAGACUAUUAAGUGUUUGUCUUCAGGAGACUGGAGUGCUGACACUCCCACAUGUAAAGAGGCACAAUGUGAACCUCCAAGACAGUUGCCCAACGGGAAGAUCAAACAGCCUCCAAGUCUUUGGCCUGGUGCAGUUGUGAACAUUUCUUGCAAUGAAGGGUAUCGAUUAAAAGGCCAGCCGACUAGUCAGUGUGUGAUUUUUGGACAGCAAGCUGUUUGGACCAAGAUGCCUGUAUGUGAGAGAAUUUUUUGCCCACGGCCGCCUCCUAUUCCCAAUGGAAGACACAUAGGCAGCUCUUUAGCCAACGUUCCGUAUGGAAGCAUAGUCACUUACAUUUGUGACCCAGGUCCAGAGAGAGGCGUGAACUUCAUCCUUACUGGGGAGCCCACUAUCCGUUGCACAACUGACAGCCAUGAGGCCGGGAUCUGGAGUGGCCCCGCCCCACGCUGUGAACUUGAUACUGCUACCAUUCAGUGUCCACAUCCUCAGGUCCGAAGAGGACGAAUAUUAACUGGGCAGAAAGCCCGAUAUUCCUAUAAUGACACCGUGGUAUUUGUUUGCAUGUCUGACUUCACCUUGAAGGGCAGCCAGCGAAUCCGAUGCAGUGCCCAGGGCACGUGGGAGCCGCGGGAACCAAUCUGUGAAAAGGAAUGCCAGGCCCCUCCUAAAAUCCUCCAUGGGCAUAAGGAAGAUACGCACUUGACCCACUUUGACCCUGGAACAUCUGUAAAAUAUAGGUGUGACCCUGGCUAUGUGCUCGUGGGAAAAGAAUCCAUACAGUGCACCUCUGAUGGGGAGUGGACACCCACUGCCCCACAAUGCAAAGUGGCGGAGUGUGAUCCCAUAGGAAAUCAACUCUUUAAAAAACCCCAGGAUGGAUUUGUUAGACCAGAUGUUAGCUCUUCUUGUGAUGAAGGGUACCGGCUAAGUGAGAGCGUCUAUCAGCUAUGUCAAGGUACAGUUCCUUGGUAUAUGGAGAUUCGUCUUUGUAAAGAGAUCACCUGCUCUUCACCCCCCACCAUCUACAAUGGGACACACACAGGGAGUCCCUCAGGAGAUAUUCCAUAUGGAACCACCAUCACUUACACAUGCAAUCCUGGGCCUGAGACAGGAGUGCAAUUCAGCCUCAUUGGGGAGCCCACCAUUCGCUGCACAAGUGAUGAUCAAAAGAGGGGCAUCUGGAGUGGCCCUGCUCCCCUCUGCUCUCUCUCCACCCCUGAUGUCCAGUGCUCACACGUCCACGUUGCAAAUGCACACAGGAUAGCUGGCAAGGAAGCCCCGUAUUUCUACAACGACAGUGUGACAUUCGAGUGUAACCCUGGAUUUACCUUGAAGGGCAGUAGACAGAUUCGCUGCAAGGCCAAUAACGUCUGGGAUCCUGAAAUACCAGUUUGUGAAAAAGAGGCAUGCCAGCCUGUGAGAGAUCCUCAAGAACUUUUGGCUGAUUUACGUGUGGAGUUAGUUAAUGCGACCUGUCAAGAUGGGUACCAUUUGGCUGAAUAUGCUUAUCACAAGUGUCAGGAUGUCGAGAAAGGAAUCUGGCUCCAAAAGACUCCAGUUUGUGAAGUUAUUCACUGUCAGCCUCCACCAGUGAUUGAAAACGGGAGGCACACCAGCGGGAUGACACAACAGUUUCGUUAUGCCAGUGAAGUCUCUUAUCAGUGUGACCAAGGAUUCUACCUUCUGGGCAAGAAAACUUUGCAGUGCAGAAGUGAUUCCAAAGGACGUGGGUCUUGGAGUGGCCCUCCCCCACAGUGCUUGCACUCUCCUCCUGCAACUCAGUGUCCUGACCCAGACGUCAGAAAUGGCCACAAGCUCAAUAAAACUGCCUCUGAAUAUUCCCACGGUGACACAGUGAACAUUGCCUGCAAUCCUGGCUUCCUGCUGAUUGGCAGUCCCUUGAUUAGGUGUCAUACGGAUAACACGUGGAUUCCAGGUGUACCAGCUUGUAUUAAGAAGGCUUUAUUAAGGUGCCAGCCUCCACCUGAAAUCCCCAACGGAAGUCAUAAUGGUGGACAUCUAACUCUAUUUCCCCCUGGAAAAUCGAUCACGUAUAGCUGUGACCAAGGCUACCUGCUGGUGGGAGAAGCACAUCUUCUUUGCACUCAUGAAGGAACCUGGAGCCAACCUGCCCCUUAUUGUAAAGAGGUAAACUGUAGCUACCCAGAAGCCAUGACUGGAAUGCAGAAGGCUGUGAAGCCUGGGAAAACAUACCAGUACGGAAGCAUUGUAACUCUGGAGUGUGAAGACGGGUAUAUCCUGGAAGGCAGCCCCCAGAGCCAGUGCCAAGACGACCACCAGUGGAACCCUCCCCUGGCUGUUUGCAGAUCCCGCUCACCUGCUCCACUUGCUCCUCUUCUUUGUGGUAUUUUUGCAGGUUCUGUAUUUCUUAUCUUCUUGGUUAGCGUCACCUUAUUCAUGAUAACAAAACACAGAGAACGGAAUUAUUAUACAAAUACAAGCCCUAAAGGAGGAGCUGGUCAUUUAGAAACACAAGAAGUAUAUCCUAUUGAUCCAUACAACCCAGCAAGUUAAUCAGAAGACCAACUGAUCAUACUAUUUGAAGACCUCCUAGUAGAAGAAUGUCUUCUAAUAGACUCAAUGCUUCAUUGGAUUACAGCUAUAAUCAGUGUAUAGAGAGAACAUUAACUGUCUGAUUGUUUAAACUUGGAGCUGCACCGCUGCUAUUCAUGCCGCCUCCUGAACACAAGUGAUCUAUUUCAGUGUGUUCCGUGCUUAGAAUCCAAUUGAACACUGGUUGGAAAGAAACCAGCUAAUAUCAGCAACUCUCUUUGUGGUCUCAAUGUCAAUGAAAUCAUUCAUAAGCUAUAUAACCUCCAAAUGCACCUUUUCUCAAGCAGAACAGAGAACGUUGGCUUGAUGGUAAAGAAAGGAGCCCAGUCUCACUGCCAUGUGCUCUUCAAGGAGUUUCUGAAGACUGAUGGGAUAUGUGCCUGAAGCCAACUAUCAGCAACUAUAUGGAUCUCAAAGUGUCACCUUUUAAAGGCAGGCACUAAAAAGAGAUCUCAUAUAAAGACCCAUCUUCUUUUCAUAAGACAUACUUACUGCUACCAUAUGCUUUGAGUUAUAAUGUGGUUGUAAUUAUUUAAGUUAAGUGGGAGGUAUUUCCUGUGGUUACGAUGGCCAUACUCUUAUUGGGAAGUGUGCUUGUAUUUUAACAGCAGCUUCCUCCUCCAACAUCAUUAAACAUCUCACUUGUAUCCCCACUUGGUUCGAGUUUUCUCACAAUACAUACUUUCCAUGCUCACUCAGUAAUUCCAAUUUUCAUAAGUAUUGUGAAAUUAUAGAAGUUAAGUUUUAAUUCUAAAUUUUUGGUAUACAACUCAAGCUUUGGAUAUAUCCUUAGCAGUUUUGUCAUAAGCUCCAGUUGCUUGUAAAAUGUCAUUUAAUUAUGUAUUAAUAAAUUAUAUCUAUUAAA